AUGGAGUCCCGAAAAGUACGUCUCGGAGCUAAGGCUUGUCAAUCGUGCCGGCGGCGCAAGGUGCGAUGCCAAGUUGACACUGGCAUGACCAAAUGUCGCGCUUGUUGCAGAAGAUCGUCCGUGUGUCUUCCGAUCAACUUUCCCCCGUCGACGGACGCCCAGCAAGCUCUAGCCACUGGGCCGCCGUUGGAGAGGGCGAGAGAGAGCGACAUCCCAACAGAUUCACUGUUUGAUGGUCUCACAGGGCUACCAACUUCGGGCCUGCGAACCCCUGAAACCACCACCCUCUUACCCCCGCUUCUGCAGGACUUUACCACUAGUUUCGAUUCAGAUCAUACCGCCGCAGAUCCAUUCUCGUCACUACUUUGCUUUUCACUCCCUCGGUCGCUGGUUAGCCGUCCUGGUUCAUCGCCGUUUUCAAUAUUCUCACCAGAAGGUAAGCAAUGGCUGCACAAGGCCGUAGGUGAGGAACCCUUCAACUGGGAUGUCCUCUCGCCUUUCGCCUUUGGCCCUCCUGAUGCGGUGUCCGGCGACAGCACCGGACCUCGCCUCCCUCAACAGUUCAUCCCCCUUCCGUCAAAAGAUGUUGCUCGAUCUUUAUUACACACAUAUUUUCAUGGCUUCAACUCGUUCUGUCCGACUUUUGAAGAAACCGAUUUCAUGCUCGGGUUCGAAUUAGAGUACCCAAUCAGCCCAGAAUCCUCCGAGAAAUGGGCAUGCUUGAAUGCCGCACUUGCGCUAGGGUGCCUGCUGGAUCAACACUCUCAUUCGAAAGCAUGGCUGUUUUGGAAAAAUGCGACGCUUUCAUGGGAGGCUUUCAUCACCCAUGCUCCAAGCCUGCUGUCUGCACAGGCGCUAGUGGCCAUGACAUUGUACCUUAUGGGUACCUUCCAUAGUAAUCCAUCUAGCACGAUGGUACCAAUGGCCAUUCGGAUGCUUAGUGGACUCUCGCCCAAACAAGAGGGCUUGUCGAAUCAGUUCCAAUUCGUCAGCAUGGUCACUCGAGCUUUAGAUAUAGACCACGCUCUACAAGCUGGAAUGCCACCCACCGACCUUGGAGUUGACCAGUUCGUCGACCCUCAGACUUUCACGGCGCUCGAAGACCCAAAUCUGGCGUUCGACUGCUACCCAACCAUCUGCCGACUAGUAGAAAUCAAAGAAGACAUCUAUCGCCAGCUGUAUUCCAUCGUCGCGCAAAGCAAGAGCGACUUCGAGGCUAUUAUAACAGUAGGCGAGCUCGACACUCGCCUGGAGCAGUGGAAGAACGACAUUCCUGAGAAAUACCGCCCGGGCCAUCCCAGGGCCCAAGAUACCAUCAAACAAGGCAUCUCUGAUACCCUCUUGCAUAUCCAUAUCAGCUACUUCAAUUGUGUACUAAUUAUCCACCGCCGCUCAUUCUCUACCACAACCUGGUCAACAACCCUCAAUGCACUCCCUACCACGCACCAUGCGAUUCGCUCUGCAAAUCCUCGCGUCCUGAAAUCAACCCUGCUUUGCGCCGAAGCCGCUCGUGCAACGUUACGACUCGUCAAGAAUAUUCCGAAAGACAAUCCAUUAAUCAGAGGGGUAAUGCUCAACUACGUCAUCUUCGCACUAAAGCUCUUCGUCAUCCUCACCGUGCAAGAUCCACGAAGUUCUCGCCCCCGUGCAGAUAUCCUAUUGAUGCGCAAUCUAGAAGACACACUUUCUGCGAUUCCUCUCACUGGAGAAGAUAACAGUAUUCAGAAGCUCAUUAAGUAUUGUGCCGGGUAUCGACAUGUCGCAGAGCGGGCUAUUAAUACGGUUCUUCCGAGAAAGAGAAGGAGGGAGGAUUAUGAGACGGGGCAGGAUGUGCCUUAG